ACAAAAUAAAGAAUAUGAGUUGAGGGAGAAGAUCCUAGUCCCAGUGGUAGCGCCGGUAAGUUGUAAGAAAUCCAAUGUCGCCAAUAUGGUGGUGGAACUUAAAGUCGACUAGUCUUGAAUCUCCAUGCAGUUUCAGCGGAGUUUCCUGUUAAUUCAUUUAGGAGCAAUGGACCAAGUGAUCAAGUUCUGAAUUAGGGUUUAGGGAGUAACGCAGAAAUUUCCUGUGGAUUCCGUUUUUGAGUGUUGGAUCAAAGCAUGUGCAUUGUGCAGGUGCUUCUCCGACGACAAUCCUACUGCCACCAAUUUCUUAUCCACCUCUUCUUCUGUCUCUGCCAGUCUGCAACCUUUUCUCUCCUCGGAAAAAAUGGCGGGAACCAUGUUAAGUCCAGGACCGCAACCUCUGCCAGCCAUGGCGCGCAGCCAGUCGCUGUGCUUUCAACAAUCCCAAUCUCUCCAGGAAUCACGUUGGAGGUUCAGGUCCUUCCCGUACACAUCAGGGUUAGAUAGUUUGAACACGGAGGAGAACCCCAGCAGGUUGCCUUUGCUCGGAAAAGGUUCCGGUGAUGACAACAGCACCUAUUACAAGGAACACAACCAGACAACGGGAUCAGAUGAUUACAACCCCAGUGAGUCGCCUCAACCUAGUGAUAGCCAACAUGCUUACACUGACUAUGACGAGCGUGGCAAUGUGGCAAUGGGCUCUGAUGAUUCCAACCGCAGUGGGUCACUUUUACCUAGUGUUAGUUCACAUGCUAAUACGAACUAUGGGGAGCAGGGCAAUGUCGCAAAUGUAGAGGGCUCUGAUGAUUCCAACCGCAGUGAGUCGUUUUUACGUAUCGUUAGUCCACAGGCUAACACGGACUUUGGCGAACCAGGCAAUCAAACGACGACAAUGGGCCCUUCUAUUCCAAUCCUUGUGCUUGAUGUUGAUUAUGAAAAUGACUUUAACCACCCACGUCAUGGAACAAGAGUUACCAUAUUACAGUGGAUCUUUAUGCUUUUUGCUCUCAGCCUAGAAAUGUUGUCAUCCUGUUUUGAUCAGUUAUCCUCCCCAAAUAAGUCUCAUUAUGCACUGGUUAGUUUGCUGUUAGCCAUUGCAGCUGUGCUUACUUGCAUCUUGGAGCUCAUUCACAAUGGUAUAAAGGAAGGAGUUGAAUCUACCAACGGCAUGGUUUUCGGUACUUUGCCUGAUAUCUUUGGAUUGGGUCUUUCCGUUCUCCAAUGCCUUUGCUCAGCAGAGCAGUAUUAUUUCCUCCAUAGGCAUAAAAAUAAUCCUAUGAAACUAUCCCCUGUGCCUCUCUUCUUUUUCUGCUGUUUGGUGGUUUUGAAAUUGAAAAUGAACUAGAGCUACACAGUCAUCCGAAAUGCAAACCUGGUGACAGUAGACAAUAUGGCACGCUGAUUGUGUGCCCGUCUAUUUAUUCAUUUGUCACACCAUUUAUAUAUUAGAAGACAAUUGCCAAUGAUUAGAUUUCGAUCUUGCAUAUGAACUUGUAACCAUGGUCUAAAAUAUCCAUAAUAUCCCGAUAUUUCCAUCGAAAUUUCCGUGUUUUUGGACUACCGAUAUUUCCGAUAUCAUCGAUAUUUUAGACCUUGCUUGUAACCACUCGAUGAAUAUAUAUACAUAUAUAUACAUGCCUAAUGUUUUAACUGUU